AUGGAAAAAGCACUUGAGCCAUUCAAGUAUAACACAUUUCCCCUCGGUACAAUUACCGCCACAGGCUGGCUGCAUGAUCAGUUGGAGCUCGAAGCAAAUGGAUUGGCCGGCCAUCUCAACGACUUUUACCGCUUUGUGGCUGGGUCAACAUGGGUCGGGGGUGAUUGGGAGUACAGCACGCUAGACGAGGCAGCGCCCUACUGGUUUAACUACGUUGUCCCCCUCGCCUGGAUCAUCGACGACGCGCGCCUGAAAGCUCAGGCGAAGCAAUUUCUCGAUUACGUCCUUGACAAUCAAGCUGAAGAUGGAUGGCUGGGGCCCGAGAAAACUCACCAAACUCGAGGAAUCUGGGCACGUAGUCUGCUCUUCUUUGGCUUAGUGCAAUACGCACAAGCAGAUCCAUCCGAGACGGACCGGAUUGUAACAGCGAUGCAUAAGUUUACCAUCCUGGCUCAUUCCAUUCUCAAAGACAAUUUCACCGGCCUCAUCGAGAACACGACGCUUGGAGACAACUUUGAUCCUCACGGCUUUGGACUAGCCCGGAUGCAUGAGUUGUCCAUGUCAUUGCAGUGGUUGUAUGAGAACUAUCCACGAAAUAACUCGGAAGUAAUCUGGGAGACUAUAGAGCUUAUGUUUGCCGGCGGUGUCGCGGGUGGGAAGGACUGGACAACCUUCUUCGUGGAGGGCGUUUUCCCCACCUUGGGAACGCCGUAUAUCAUGACCAGCUCAUUCACCCAUGGUGUCAAUUUAGCGGAAGGCUUACGGUAUCCGACGGUGCUCUACCGAAUGAAUGGAAAUUCUUCCCUGCUGGACCAGACCGCGUCGACACUUGCUGGGAGCAUCACGGCCGAUGAGCAUCUGGGCGGACUCAGUCCCGAGCGAGGCUCAGAAACUUGCAUAUCGGUUGAGAUGAUGUUUUCCAUGGCCUAUCUGUAUCGGUUCUACGGCACCAGCGCAUACGCAGACCGAGCCGAGCGCGUCGCAUUCAACUCCCUGCCUGCAGCGCUAUCACCGAAUUGGUGGUCACAUCAAUAUGUCCAGCAGGUCAAUCAGCCUUGGUCCCGCAACUUGAGUGCCGUCCCUUUCGCGAACGUGAACUCCUACGCCAACAGCUAUGGCCUCGAGCCCAACUUUCCUUGCUGCACCGUCAACCAUGGCCAGGGUUAUCCCAAGUAUGUGGCCGCUUCUUAUGUGCUUGAGGGUGACAGCCAUGUGAUUCACGCACUACUGGGGCCCGAAACAUUGAGCACGAAGCUGGCUACAGGCAACGUGACCAUCGCAUGCACGACCAACUACCCCUUCUCAGGCCGACUGGAGUAUGCAGUCACAGCCACUGCCGACAUAUCAUUCUCCGUCCGCAUUCCCGACUGGGUAAACAAGACAAGCUCUCAGUACUCACUCGCGGGCGGAUCGUUCAAACCCCUCUCCUCGGACUCCAAUAACCUGCAAACCUUCAACCUCACCAAAGGAACUACCCAGAUAGCUGUGCAGCUAGAAAUGGGCAUCCAGGUCACAAAGUCACCAGCCAACGGCACCGCAGCCAUCUACUACGGCCCAUUAUUAUAUGCGCUAGACAUAGACUACAACUCCACCUACCACAGCCCCCUCAACUACUCCUCCUUGGAGCCAUUGCCAGCAGACCAGAUCGUGGCGCAGACACAUGACUAUGUGCUCGACCCAACCUCUGCUUGGAGGUAUGCUAUCGAUCCGACCUCGGUGACUGUUCAGCAGGUCUACGAUCGCGAUGGACAACUACAAAAUCCCAUCUGGGCGAAAAAUGCCACCCCCGUUGCCUUGUCCGCCAAUGCAUGGCUGGUCCCCUGGGAGGAGGACUCGGGGACCGCUGCGGUGCCCCCUAAGUAUCCAAAUGUCACUGGGUCGCCGAGUAAGAUCCGCUUGGUCCCUUACGGCUCGGCAAAGCUGCAUAUUGCCGACUUCCCCAUUGCGGUUCAGUCGUCCUAG